AUGAAACCAUCUAAACUGCAAGAUCAUCUGAGAAGAUGCCACCCUGAUAAAUCAGAGAAAGAUUUGAAAUACUUUCAAACACUCAAAGAUAAAUUUCAGAAGAGACCUACACUGGACAGAAUGUUCGCUUCGACGUCACAAAGAAAUGAUGAUGGUUUGCGGGCGUCUUACAAUAUCUCGUUACUUAUAGCAAAAUCCGGAAAACCGCAUACCUACUAUCGGAGAGAAGUUAAUUUUGCCAGCCGUUGA